AUGAAGAGGAAGAGUUCAAGUGAGAUGAUCGGACCUGAAGAUGUAUGUCUGGGUGGAAACGAGAUACCAGCCUUUGGCGAGCUCUCCCUCAGAAACAAUUAUUUGCAGCUUGGAAGAGCUAUGUCUAAGGACAAGAGGAGCUGGCUGUUCCGACUAUGCUGCACCGGAGGAAGGUCUAAACAAGAUCCCUACGGUGAAAAAGGGAGCGAAGAACAUCUUGGCAUGGUCAUAUUUAGGGACUACAUCGGCCGAUAUCUCCAAAAUCCCAUCGCUAAGGUCGUGGUCAUCGUCUGCUUCUUCGCGUACCUGGGCGCGGGCAUCUACGGACUGACUCGGCUGGAGGAUGCCGCCGUCAGUCAAGAGAAACUCACUCUCAACUCGACGUCGACUUCCAAGUACUGGGAACUGUUCGAUGCCUACUUUCGCAGCUUCACCUUCCCCAUCGACAUCUACCUACCGGGAGGACCAUAUUUGGAUGCUGUGGUGUUCGACGAAGCCGGGAAGAGAAUCAUCGCCUCCAAGUUCUUGCUCCAGACGCAAAACAUGCGGACGGUGUCAAACGAGGUGCAGACCAUGUUGGAUCUCCGUAAAAUGGUAGAUGAAAGUGACCUCAACGUCACCGUCAAGGCAGAUCCCUUCAAAUUUUUCGACCAGCUGGUGUUGGUGUGGCCGAUGACGAUCUCGGCGGUGGUCGUGGCGACCAUCUCGAUGAUCAUCAUCGCCCUUCUCCUCAUCCCGGAUCCCUCGUGUGCGAUCUGGGUCGGAUUGGGGAUCCUGUCCAUCGAGACGGGGGUUCUGGGCUUCAUGCCCUGGUUCGGACUGGAUCUGGACAACGUCACGACUCUCUUCAUCAUCAUCAGCAUCGGGUUCUCGGUGGACUUCGUCGCUCACAUCACUUACGCCUUCGUUUCCUCUCGGGGAUUGUCCCCGAACGAGCGAAUGCGGGAAAGCCUCCACAAACUGGGAGUCCCCAUCGUGCAGUCCAGCGUCUCCACCAUCUUGAGCGUCAUUCCUCUCGUGCUCGUCCCCUCUUACGUCAUGAAGGCGUUCUUCGCCUUGAACUUCUUGGUCAUGUCCAUCGGGGCGCUGCACGGCAUCUUCGUGCUCCCGGUCUUUCUCUCCCUCUUUGGACCUGGUUCCUGUUCUUCCAAGAAAGGUAGCGAGGCCUUGGAAUCCUGGAAGGACCAUGACAUUCUUCCGGAACUCACGGAAGACAAUCUGAAGACUCAGAAGAAGAUCAGUCUGCACAGGAGAUGCAAGUCUCUCGAUUACCCUCCCCUUUUCAAAAACUUGGUUAAUUCGGGUGGGGAACUCAAUCUAUCGUUUUUCGCCAGUGAAACCAUUGGUGAAUGCUCUCAUCUGUGA